AUGGAGUUUGUGCGGGCGCUGUGGCUCGGCCUGGCCCUGGCGCUGGGGCCUGGGCCCGCCGGCGGGCACCCGCACCCGUGCGGCGUCCCGGCGCGCCUGGGAGGCUCGGUGCGCCUGGGCGCCCUCCUGCCCCGCGCGCCCGCCGCCCGCGCCCGCGCCGCCCUGGCCCGGGCCGCCCUGGCGCCGCGGCUGCCGCACAACCUGAGCCUGGAGCUGGUGGCCGCCGCGCCCCCCGCCCGCGACCCCGCCUCGCUGGCCCGCGGCCUGUGCCGGGCGCUGGCGGCCCCGGGCGUGGCGGCCGUGCUCGCCUUCCCCGAGGCGCGGCCCGAGCGGCUGCAGCUGCACUUCCUGGCGGCCGCCACGGAGACCCCCGUGCUCAGCGUGCUGCGGCGGGGGGCGCGCGCGCCCCUCGGCUCCCCGGGACGCAACCUCUUCCACCUGCAGCUGGACUGGGCCAGCCCCUUGGAGACGCUGCUGGAAGUGCUGGUGUCCGUGCUGCAGGCGCACACCUGGGAGGACGUCGGCUUGGUGCUCUGCCGCGUGCGGGACCCUGGCGGCCUGGUGGCCCUCUGGACAAGCCAUGCAGGCCGGGCCCUGAAGCUCGUGUUGCACCUGAGCCGGCCGGACCCGGGCGAUGCAGGGCUGCGGGCCUGCCUGGCCCCACUGGGGGCGCCCACGGAGGCGACAGGCCCAGUGCCCGUGGCAGUCCUCCUGGGCUGUGACACGGCCCGUGCGCGGCAGGUGCUACAGGCUGCACCCCCCGGGCCCCACUGGCUGCUGGGCACACCGCUGCCCGCCGAGGCACUGCCCGCCGAGGGCCUGCCGCCCAGGCUGCUGGCGCUGGGCGAGGUCGCUCGGCCCCCGCUGGAGGCCGCCAUCCAUGACGCGGUGGAACUAGUGGCCCGCGCACUGGGCAGCGCAGCCCGCGUGCAGCUGGAGCGCGCCCUGCUCCCCUCGACGGUCGACUGCAAUGACCUGCCGCCAACCAGGCCCAAGUCCUCGGGCCGCCUGUUGGCACGGUUCCUGGCCAACACGUCCUUCCAGGGCCGCACGGGGCCGGUGUGGGUGACGGGCUCCGCGCAGGUGCGCAUCUCCCGGCGCUUCCGUGUGUGGAGCCUCCGCCGGGACCCGCGGGGCGCCCCGGCCUGGACCACGCUGGGCCGCUGGAGGGCCGGGUGGCUGGCGUCGGAGGCCUGGGGCGUGGCCGGGGGGCCCCCACCCCCGCCGGGUGCCCGCGCGCGGCCCAGGCUGCGCGUGGUGACGCUGGUGGAGCACCCGUUCGUGUUCUCCCGCGAGGCGGACGAGGACGGGCGGUGCCCGGCGGGGGGCUGUGCCUGGCGGCUGUGCCUGGCGCCCGGCGCCAACGACUCGGCCGCCCUGGACGCGCUCUUCGCCGCCCUGGCCGACGGCUCGGCGCUGCGCGUGCUGCGCAGGUGCUGCUACGGCUACUGCAUGGACCUGCUGGAGCGCCUGGCGGAGGACGUGCCCUUCGACUUCGAGCUGUACAUCGUGGGCGACGGCAAGUACGGCGCGCUGCGCCACGGCCGCUGGACCGGCCUGGUGGGCGACCUGCUGACCGGCCGGGCGCACAUGGCCGUCACCAGCUUCAGCAUCAACUCGGCCCGCUCGCGGGUGGUGGACUUCACCAGCCCCUUCUUCUCCACCAGCCUGGGCAUCCUGGUGCGCGCGCGGGACGCGGCGUCGCCCAUCGGCGCCUUCACGUGGCCGCUGCACUGGUGCAUGUGGCUGGGCGUCUUCGCGGCGCUGCACCUCACGGCGCUCUUCCUCACCGUCUCCGAGUGGCGCGGCCGCGACUGGGCCACGGUGUUCUCCUACUCCUCCGCCCUCAACCUCUGCUACGCCAUGCUCUUCGGCCGCACGGUGUCCAGCAAGACGCCCAAGUGCCCCACGGGCCGCCUCCUUGUGAACCUGCGGACCAUCUUCUGUCUGCUCGUCCUGUCCAGCUACACCGCCAACCUGGCUGCCGUCAUGGUUGGCGACAAGACGUUUGAGGAGCUGUUGGGAAUCCACGACCCCAAGCUGCACCACCCGUCCCAGAGCUUCCGCUUCGGCACCGUGUGGGAGAGCAGCGCCGAGGCCUACAUCAAGACGAGCUUCCUGGAGAUGGACGCGCCCAUGCGGCGCCACAGCGCGCCCACCACGCCCCACGGCGUCGCCAUGCUCACAUCGCUCCUGGACGACGAGGUGUCCAUCCACGCCGACUGCAGACUGCUCACCGUGGGCAAGCCUUUCGUCAUCGAGGGCUAUGGCAUCGGACUCCCCCGGAAUUCGCCGCUCACCUCCAACCUGUCCGAGUUCAUCAGCCGCUACAAGUCCUCCGGCUUCAUCGACCUGCUGCACGACAAGUGGUACAAGAUGGUGCCUUGCGGGAAGAGGGUCUUCGCCGUUACAGAGACCCUCCAGAUGGGCAUCUACCACUUCUCGGGGCUCUUCGUGCUGCUGUGCCUGGGCCUGGGCAGUUCUCUGCUCAGCUCACUCGGGGAGCACGUCUUCUACCGCCUGGCGCUGCCGCGCAUCCGAAGGGGCAACAAGCUGCAGUACUGGCUGCACACGAGUCAGAGGAUCCACCGCGCCCUCAACACCGAGCCACCCGAGGAACAGGAAGAGCCCGAGCCAAGGAGUCCCGAAGAGCCGCCGCAGGACACGCCGGCCGCACCCGCGGGCCCACGGCGCUGGACACGGUUGCGCUGGGCAGCGGUGAGGGGGCGUCGCGUGCGCUUCCUGCUGGAGCCGGCCGUGGCUGCCGCCGCCCCGGACGCGGACGGGACGCGGCCCCGGCCGUCCGCCCACCGAGCCGCUCUCGGGUGCCCCGGGGAGCUGGAGGAGCUGGAGCGGCGCAUCGCGGGUGUGUGCGCGCAGCUCCGGCGGGCGCUGGUGCGGCGCGCGGAGCUCCUGUUCCAGCUCGGGGACGGCGCCCGCGACCCGCCGCGCAGCGGGCUCCAGGCCCACGAGGAGGCCCCCAGGGCCGCCCGGUGACGCGGGACCAGGCCCUCCGCCCCCUGCUGCGCGGGCUCCGCCGGGCCACACGGCGGCCCCGGCCCUCCCCGCACACAGAGCCGGCCGGCCGCUGUCC